UCGACGCAGUGCUCCACAGCGUGCUCUCUUCAUUCACAGUACUGAAUUACAGCCUAUAGCAAGAUUAAGGAAACACUGUCUCGAAAAAACUGCAGUAAUGGCAGCUUCAACAGAGUCAUACAUGUAUAUGGACCAGAGUGCCUUUCAUUACGAUUACGAGACGUUGCGGACCACAGGUGUCAUCCUUGCUGUGGUUAUGUUCGUAGCUGGAAUUCUUAUUGCUCUGAAUCUAGUCCAGUGGAAGGCCCUCAGCCACCGAAAACAGAAGUUCCACCUCAGACGGUGUAAAGCAGACGGUGCGACAGGGCGGCCCGUUUCAGUGAGAGGAAAUGCUCAGACGCACAAAGUUACUUACAGGAAUGUGGAGGAGAGUCAAACUUGCUUGACCUCUUUUUGUAACCUCAGCCUAAAUGCUGAUCUGUUGCUGUAUUUUUAGAUCUAACGGUAGCAUACGUAAUAUAUUAUGUCCCUUUGUGUUCAUAUAGUCUGAGUGACACCAUUCAUGAUGCACUUAACCUGACCCCAGUUAUUUUUCUCAUGCAUGAUUUGCUUUAAAUGUUAUUAUAUGAGGCUUAGAUCUGAAAGAGCAUUUAUGGAAAUAUUUACAGAAGCGACCAGGAAUAAUGAUCGGAAAACUCUCAAACUGAUUGAAUUACAUUGAAGAGCUUGUGCUUUAGACAGAUAUGAAGAUGAUAUUUUCACUCGUUUACAUUUUAAUGAAGAGAACAUUGUUUGAAUAAACAUACAGUAAAUAGCUCUUCAGCAUGGAACUAUAUGCAAUCCUGUGUCACCCUGUAACUUGUGCAUGCCAGGUUUCAACAAAACGUAAGACAGUUUUCUAGUUGUUUUAGUCUUGUAGUAUAUAUUUCUUUAUAAUUUUAUAGUUUUAAUGUAUUUUAAAUACUGUUGGGUUUCACAAUUAUUUUGUGUAUUAUAUUUCAGUGGAAAUUAACUUCUUACCUUUAACAUCAACCAUAACAAGACAAACUGAAACUCAUGGCUCAUUACAAAUGAUAAAUUUGUUUGGAUCAGUGACCUCAGAUUUUAUUAUGCAAUAGCACAUUACUUUACAGAGGGCUUAAGAGAUUAAAGGAUUGGUUCACUUCCAGAACAAAAAUUUACUACUACUACUAUUAAUUAAUAAAAAUGAAUACAUUUUUUUUCACACAAUAUUUCUUCCAUGUUUUACAUUUUAAUAGUAAAUCUCCUUUAUUUGCCAAAAUUAAAUAUAAUUUUCAUUAAAAGAUCAAUUAAAUCAAUAUUUUAUACCUUCACGUGAUAACCAGAAAAAUACACAAUACAGAAUUCCAUAAGGCUACUGUAAAAAUAAAUAAAAGCUAUUUUAUGCAUUCAAAUAAACAGACAUUCUAAAACAUAUUUGGUAACAAUAAAACGUAAAGUCAAAAAAAAUAAAACAUUUCAUAGGGUCCCAAACAUGUACUUUUUUUUUUUUUUUUUACUUUUGAUAAAUUGACGGUAAAUUGUAUAAGAUUCAUGGUUUUAAUUAAUUACACAUGAUUAAUUACAUUUUGAUUCAUAAAAUUAAAUUUAACCAUUAAAAAGAAGACCAGAAAAAUGAAAACAGAAAACAGAAUUUGAAAAAAAAAAAAAAAAAA